UUAAUUGAUAACUUAGAUCCAUUUGCAUCCAUGUAAUUUAGAAUAAGACAGACUAUUCCUACCAGGUGUUACGGAUAGUUUAAGUGGCUGAAUUACAUUUUUUUUACAAUGGAAUUAUGUCAGUGGGUGGGUGAUGUAACAAUCUUUUUUAAAAAGUAGAAAAAAUAAACUUUGAGGCAGGGUCUCUCCCAGUUUCUUGUUGUUGUUCUUCUUCUUCUUCUUCCUCUCUCUCUCUCUCUCUCGCUCUUUUUCACGCACAUACAAACACACACAUCGCACGGACGCACCCACCUCCCACCUCCGUCGAUGGGAUCCCUGGGUGGAAGACAUCAUCAGGCGGUCUAGGAGGUCGCAGGAGCCGGUCGCGUCAUCCCUGGAGGGGCGGCGCACUGACAGGAGGACGGAGGGUGUUUUCCAGCUUUAAAAGCACCGGAGCCGGCCCCUCUGACAAACCGCGCUGCGUCAUCGACCUGGGGAGACUCUUGAAAACCUUCACUGGGCUGAAGAGAUUCAAACUCACCUCAACCACGGUCCCCUCAGCAGCCUUACCUGCGCCGGUCUCCAGAAUCACUAGACCAAGAUUUAGCCCGGCACGAUAGGUGCGCACUGGUCCGCGUUGUGGCUUCCAGUUAUACACUCGCUUUGCUUUCACUUCACUGCGAAUUAUGCUUUUGUUUGAUGGUGUAUGAAGUAAUCUAUCAGCUUGCUUGCAUUUUUAGCAUCGGCGUUACUUGUUACAGUCUCGCAGCCUGAGAAAGUUGCGCAUCGCUUGUUGAAUGCAGGAUACUUUCUGCCUCAGCGUCAAUUCCAAGUUCAGCUUUGGAGCAACAGCCGGUAAGGAGCGGGGACUCCAGUUUCUCACCUUUCUCGCCGCCGAUAUGAAGUCCGCAGAAGAAGAUGCAUACAGCUAUACUCCAAAUGUCAGCUUGUCCCUUCCACUGGGCAUGGGCAGCCCCUGUUUGGCGACUCAGUACCACACAUUACAGUCCAGCCCAGUCAUCUCAGUUUCUUCUUGUCACCAGACAGGCUACAGUCUCCACAAUGAUAACCACACAGCAUCAGGAUAUUGCCUUCCCCACGGCCUGAGACCCAAUGGGGCUCCAGCCCUGGAAAGCCCUCGUAUUGAGAUCACUGCCUAUAGCCAGUAUCCUGAGGAUGAGGUAGAGGAAAGCAGCAAUGAGGACCACAUCAUUAAACGAGGCGUUAACUCCAUUGUGACGCUGACACUGCCGAAUGCAGAUGGCUACCGUGAUCCCAGUUGCCUCAGUCCUGCAAGCAGCAUUUCCUCUCGUAGCUGUAACUCAGAGGCAUCAUCUUAUGAGUCCAGCUUCUACAACUAUGACAACUCCCCACAGAACUCCCCCUGGCAGUCUCCCUGUGUUUCUCCCAAAGGCUCAUCCUCACUGUUGUCCUGUCCACAUGCCAGCGGCCCUGCAACUUCCCCUCACCAUUCACCAUCCACCUCCCCUCAGAUAGGAGCUGUGGCCGAGGAAGGUUGGCCAGCACAACCUCGUAGCUCCAGGCCUAACUCCCCAUCCUACGGUGGAGGCAGUGCAGGCAACAGCAGUGGUAUGGGGAAGAGAAAGCACAGCUUCAAUGGCACUCCCUACCAUCAGACACCUUGCUCACCGAUACAGUCACCCACUCCAUCCCCACAUGGCUCCCCCAGGGUCAGCAUCACAGAUGAGAACUGGCUCGCCAGCACCAACCAGUACACCAACUCUGCCAUUGUGGCCGCCAUCAAUGCUCUAACCACAGAUGGAGUGGUAGACAUGGGGGAGGGAAUCCCAAUCAAGACAAGGAAGACGAUGCUGGACCACUCACCCUCCAUGAGUCUAAAGGUAGAGCCUGGUGGUGAAGGUCUUGAUGGGGAGCUGUGCCAAGAGGACUACCCCUCCCGUCUGACCCUCAAGAAGGAGAACUACUGUGGAGGAUUUCUGGAUGUGCCCCAGCAUCCGUACUCCUGGUCUAAACCCAAGCCUUACCUCAGCCCAUCUCUGCCAGCUCUUGACUGGCAGCUUCCGUCCUGCUCCGGUCCAUACAACCUGCAGAUCGAGGUGCAGCCAAAAUCCCACCACAGGGCCCACUAUGAGACCGAAGGCAGCCGAGGGGCAGUGAAGGCACUGUCUGGUGGCCACCCUGUUGUGCAGCUUUAUGGCUAUAUGGAAAGCGAGCCACUCACCCUGCAGCUGUUCAUUGGCACCGCAGACGACCGCCUCCUGCGACCACAUGCCUUCUACCAGGUCCACCGCAUCACGGGCAAAACCGUUUCCACCGCCAGUCAUGAAGUCAUGCAAUCCAACACCAAAAUUCUGGAGAUCCCUCUGCUGCCUGAAAACAACAUGAGAGCCAUAAUUGAUUGUGCAGGGAUCCUGAAGCUGCGUAAUUCAGACAUCGAGCUUCGCAAAGGGGAAACAGACAUCGGACGCAAAAACACACGUGUAAGAUUGGUGUUUCGAGUGCACAUCACCCAGCCCAAUGGCAGGACAGUGUCCCUCCAGACUACUUCGAACCCCAUUGAAUGCUCCCAACGCUCAGCUCAGGAGCUUCCCUUGGUGGAGAAGCAGAGUAUGGAUAGUUAUCCUGCCACCGGAGGCAAAAUGAUGCUCCUGAGUGGCCUCAACUUCCUCCCUGACUCCAAGGUGGUGUUUGUGGAGAAGGCACAAGAUGGGCAUCAUGUGUGGGAGACGGAGGCCAAAGUUGACAAGAACUCUGUCAAAUCUAGUACUCUUGUUGUGGAGAUCCCGCCCUACAGGAACCAGAGGAUAUCCAGCCCGGUUCACGUUAACUUCUACGUCUGCAACGGCAAGAGGAAGAGGAGCCAGUACCAGCGUUUCACCUACCUGCCUCCUAAUGUGCCGAUAAUAAAGACAGAACCCAGUGAUGACUAUGAUUCUCUGGGGACUGCAAGGCUGCCCAUGCAUCCAAAGCCCUAUUACAACCAGCCCAGGCUGACUCCUAUCAUGCCUGUAGCUGAUCCUGAUGCCUGCCUGGUUGGUAGCUACCCUCCCUGCCCACCUCGCCAUGCUGCCAUGCCAUCAACAUCCCCCAACUCCAGCCCAACCCUGCAUGACCUGUCCCCUGUGGCAUACAGCAAGUGCCUCCCCAACAGCCCCAGCCAUGCAGCACCACAAGGCUCCAUGGUGCCCCACAUCCAGGACACCGCUGGCUGCCCCAGCCUUGCCCACCCAGCAUCGCCAGACCACAGCUCUUCCCUGGGGAUGCUCCAUUCCCAGGGUAGCCCCAACCACCUCAACAGCCCGGGGCCUCAUGGUUACCACCCUAUCUAUGCCAACAGCAGUCCCUCAUCCUCCCCGGUAUCCCACCCUUCUACUCCCGGUGGGACUGCGGAGAGCCCGUUGGUUCAGGCCUACAGCCCCACUGCACAGGCAGCAGUCAGUUCACCCAGCCUGUUACCUGAGGAUGCCAGCCCCCCUUCGAUGGCUAUCACUGUCAAACAGGAGCCCCAGGAACUGGACCAGAUGUACCUAGAUGAUGUUAACGAGAUAAUCAGGAAUGACCUCUCCAGCAUUUCCGUGCACACUCAUGCAUAGUCGUCCAGAAGUCGUCUGCAGCGGUGUGGGCACAAACAUGUGCAAACAGCAGCAGCAUCAACAAAAUGAGGACAAAUAAAACCCAGAGAUCCAGAUGAUGAAGAAUAAUGUUUUGACCAGGAUCUCCGACCUGAUCAUCUCUGCCAUCAGCUCCUUGUCCCUCAGAGACUCGCUGCACAUUCACAUUGACAAUCACUGGCAAGCUCCAUUUGAAUAAACAGAUGAAUGUUGUAUUUACAAAAAAAAAAAGGGAAGUGAAAUCAGGGGCAAAGUAUAC